AUGGAGGUCGCAAAUGGCACCACCGGCGCCGCAGCAGCCGCAAAUGCUGGAGCGAACUCGACGGCACCUCCUGCGAACGGCGGCGAUGCUGCGGCCGCUGCUGCUUCUUCAAGCGACUUCAAGCUCAAGUUCUGUACGGUGUGCGCGAGUAACCAAAAUAGAUCAAUGGUCUCCCACCUCCGCCUCGCCCAAGCAAACUACCCCGUAAUCUCCUUCGGCACAGGCUCCCUCGUCCGCCUCCCCGGUCCCUCGAUAACCCAGCCAAACGUCUACCAAUUCAACAAGACCUCGUACGACUCCAUCUUCAAAGAGCUCGAGUCCAAAGACACGCGCCUCUACCGCGCAAACGGCGUCCUCAACAUGGUCGACCGCAACCGCCACGUCAAGUGGGGGCCCGAACGCUGGCAGGACUGGCAGGUCGGCAUGCCGCGCCUCACCCACGCCGAAGACCGCGGCAGCGUCGGCGUCGAGGGCGGCGUCGUCGAUGUCGUGAUUACCUGCGAGGAGCGCUGCUGGGACGCCGUGAUCGACGACCUCAUGAACCGCGGGAGUCCGCUGAACAGGCCCGUCCACGUGAUCAAUGUCGAUAUCAAGGAUAACCACGAGGAGGCCAGCGUCGGCGGGCGCGCGAUUCUGGACCUGGCGAACGCGUUGAAUGCCGCGGCGACCGAGGAGCGCGAGGCUGUCGGGGCGGCGGCGUUUGAUGGCGGGAGCGCGGCGGGCAGGGCGAGCUUUGAUGAGAGGGUCCCGGAUAUCUUGGCUGCGUGGCAGGAUCGGUGGCCUCACUUGCCUGCUCCGCGGGACCAAGAGGCGUCCUACAGUGACGAGAAGCUCCCGACUCAACAACUCAAGAUGGCGAAGUGCGGGUUGAAGGAGACGCUACAGUAUCUACAGUACCUACAAACAUUGUUUGUCCGACGAACAAGGUAUAUGGCAGUCAUUGACGAGUUGGACGUGGGAACUGAGCAUAUCGUUCUCGCGUUACGACGUGGAACGGAAGCCAUAGCCGAGCUCGAAGAACAGAAGCGGCGAGAGAAUCUUGGAAGAUGCGGCUCCGCUAGCGAACUUUAA